CGUUCGUGUGGUUUCAUGUGAUUGGUGUCACCAUUCAACAUGAGCGACAACGUGGUAUCCGAAGUGCAAAAUCUGAUUUUAACUGACGAAAAGGCACGAAUUUCCUAACUUUACGUAUGAUUCGGGUUUUAUCGCUCUUUUGAUCCUUUAGUAUUGUUAAACCAUGUUGACGAGUUUACGUUCUCGCAUUUGUAGGGCUGCUUACAGCGUUUCUAAGUGGACACAUGCCCGGACGAAAAUGAAAGCGGCGCAAAAGAAAAAAACCGCCGAGCUAGAAAAAUCUGUAUCUGAACUUAAUCCUUGGCCUGCAUACAUUCAGGACCGUCUUGUGUUAUGGGACAAGCUGAAAAAGGAAUACGAGGAUACGUUAGCUGCAAAGACUCCGACUGACAUAACUGUGACUCUUCCAAAUGGCAAGGAAGUCAAUGCUCAGUGUUGGCGCACUACUCCUUAUGAUGUCGCGAGAGGUAUCAGCCAAGGAUUGGCGGACAGUAUUGUGAUUGCAAAGGUCAACAAUGAAUUGUGGGAUCUGGACAGGCCUCUGGAGCAUGAUUGCAAGCUGCAAUUGUUGAAGUUCGAUGACCCAGAAGGUCAGCAGGUGUUUUGGCACUCCAGCGCUCACAUUCUUGGAGAAGCGAUGGAGAGAGUUUACGGCGGUUGUCUGUGUUACGGUCCCCCUAUCGAGAACGGUUUUUACUAUGACAUGUUUUUGGAUGACCGGGGCAUCUCCUACACCGACUUUCCGUAUUUGGAGGGUCUGUACAAAAAUAUAGUCAGGGAGAAGCAGCCGUUCGAGCGGCUGGAAAUGACGAAGGAAGAUCUCAUGGAGAUGUUCAAGUACAAUGAGUUCAAAUUACGGAUUAUAAACGAGAAGAUACACACGUCCACCACCACCGUUUACAGAUGCGGCCCGCUGAUCGAUUUGUGCAGAGGACCGCAUGUCAGGCAUACCGGGAAGAUCAAGGCCGUCAAGAUCACGAAGAACUCCUCCGCGUACUGGGAGGGUAACGUGAACGCGGAAUCGCUGCAGAGACUGUACGGGAUAAGUUUCCCGGAUAACAAGCAGUUGAAAGAGUACGAGAGGUUCCAGGAGGAAGCGGCCAAGCGAGACCACAGGAAGAUCGGCAGGGAGCAGGAACUCUUCUUCUUCCACGAGCUGUCACCGGGCUCCUGCUUCUUCCAACCUCGCGGUGCAUACAUAUACAACACUUUGAUCGAAUUCAUUCGUUCCGAGUACCGCAAGAGAGGCUUCCAAGAAGUGGUCUCUCCGAACAUCUACAACAGCAAGCUGUGGCAGGUCUCGGGACACUGGCAGCAUUACGCCGAUAACAUGUUCUCCUUCGACGUGGAGAAGGAGACCUACGCGCUCAAACCCAUGAAUUGUCCGGGUCACUGUAUGAUAUUCGACGUUCGAAACAGAUCGUGGCGCGAGCUGCCGCUCAGACUGGCGGACUUCGGUGUUCUGCAUCGCAACGAACUGUCGGGCGCGCUGACCGGCCUCACCAGGGUGAGACGAUUCCAGCAAGACGACGCGCACAUCUUCUGCUCCGUCGAGCAGAUCAAGGAGGAGGUGUCGGGCGCCCUCGACUUCCUGCGGCAUGUCUACUCCGUCUUCGGGUUCACGUUCAAUUUAUGCCUCUCCACCCGGCCCGAAAAGUUCCUGGGCGAUAUAGCCGUCUGGGACCAGGCCGAGAAAGCGUUGGAGGACAGUCUGAACACGUUCGGCGAGUCAUGGUCCUUGAAUCCUGAAGACGGUGCGUUCUACGGGCCUAAGAUCGACAUCACCAUUCGGGACGCGCUCAAAAGAGCUCAUCAGAGCGCUACGAUACAACUGGAUUUCCAGUUGCCGAUUAGGUUCAACCUGUCUUACAUCAACGAAGCAGGAGAGAAGGUGAGACCGGUGAUCAUACACCGAGCUAUCCUGGGAUCAGUGGAACGCAUGAUUGCCAUAUUGACUGAAUCGUACGCGGGAAAAUGGCCGUACUGGCUCUCACCCCGACAAGCGAUGGUCGUGCCGGUAGCGUCUCAGCUUGACGAGUAUGCUUACGAGGUGAAGCAGAAACUCUGGGACGCCGGCGUCAUGGUCGAAGUCGAUGUCGACCCAAACGACAGUUUCAACAAGAAGAUUCGCAAUGCUCAGCUCGCGCAAUUUAACUUUAUUCUUGUUGUGGGGGAAAAAGAACGUAAUGCCGGUACAGUGAACAUUAGAACGAGAGACAACGUGGUACACGGCGAGAUGGGUGUGGAGGAUCUCAUCGAAAAAUUGAAAAUCCUGAAGGAAACGAGAGAUCGAAGAGGGGAUCUUAAAUUUUAAUCCAAAGAAAUCCACUAUAAAGUGUGAUUUAUUUAUUUCUAGAUCAAGCACUCAACGUCCUUACCUGACACCACCAUCUAAUAAACUUCGAUAGUAAUCAGGACUUAUUUUGUUUUACAGCGUCUUUUUUUUUUGUAUUCAGUAAAAGGUAGCUUAUGAUUUUUCGUACGUAUAUGUAUGUAUUUUGUACAUUAAUAUAUAUAUAUACAUGGCGUAGUUACUGCAGAUGCAAGAACAAUAAUGACGGGCAUCGUGAAAUAAAUUAAACUUUGAUAAAAUUUCCAGUUUUGCAUUUAAAAUUUCUUGAGGAAUAUGAACUCGUUUUUCAUUAAUCUGAGAAUAUUAUAUUAAAAAUAUCGUGUCUUAUGUGUUUUACGCUAAUCAGCAUUUAUUGUAAGUUACAAUAAAAAAAAAACAUGUAAUAUA